GUUUACAAUGGUGCGUUUACUGGCUGCCGUGGCGAUCGACUGCAGCAGCGUUUGUCGUCAUGACUGAACAUGUAGUUCUCGUUGUAAUACGCGAGCACAUCUGUCAACACUGAAGCGAGACAGCCUGAUCAUUCUCUUGCCUGACGCUGCUGCAGUGGUGCAGAGUGCAGUGGUCAUCCGUUCGUUGUCGACAGCGCCGCAAUGUCGGACACUUCGAGGGACCUGGCGAUCCCCGAGGCCAACCAGUGCAUGUACACCGCAUGCUACUGCGAGGAGAACGUGUGGAAACUGUGCGAGCUGACACGGGCUCGUCAGCCGGAGUUGUUGCCCCACUGUUUCGUCGCCUUCGUGUCCAACCGCCGCCAAGCCGUGCCCAUCUGGUGUCAGAAGAGCAGCUCGCGUGCCGACGGCAUGUCAGUGUGGGACUACCACGUCAUCUUUCUGUACAGUCCGCCACCAGGCCGCCAAGGACCCUCGCUUGUCUAUGACUUGGAUACGACGCUGAACUUCCCCGAGGAGUUCGACGCAUACGUGCGAGAGGCAUUCAGGCCGCACGCAGCCAUCAACCCCGAGUUCGUGCAAAUGUUCCGCGUCGUCAGCGCGGCCGAAUUUCUGGACAAGUUCGCUUCGGAUCGCUCUCGCAUGCGAAGUGCAGACGGCUCGUGGCUGAAGCCACCUCCACCGUAUCCCUGCAUCCAGACGAACUCUUGCGAUAACAAUAUCGAUGAUUUUAUUAGCGUCGAUGAAGCCGUCGGCAUAGGCAAGGUGUACACGUUAGCGCAGUUCGUGCAGCGGUUCUCAUAGACGCUUGCCGGUGGCGCAGAACAGCGAGCGUUGCAUUUGCGUGUGUCUGUAGGUCGAACGAAACCGCUUACUUCGAAUGCUUUGUGACCGAAGCACCCCCAAGACUUCAAGUUUUGCGCCGUCGGGAAUAAACAAACGCUUUUGAAUGUG